UUUGAUUUUGUGUGAACAUACAGAACAAAAAAUUUGAUUGAUUGAAAAUUUUAAAUUAAAAUAAAAAAAACACACAUCAUUCGUAUUUUUCUUUCCAAAAUGUUGGCCAACAGUUUGAGAACUGUGAUCAGAACCAAUCUUUUUCGUUCCAUCAUCAAUGAAAGAUCAAAUCGAUGUUUUUCUGUUGUAAAUUUUUCAAACAAAGUCGAUAAUAAUAAUAAUAAUAACGAUGGUGGUAAAGCGCAGCAAGAAGAAAUGACCAAACAAUCUGAAAAAAAUUCCCAAAACCUCAAAGAUGAUCAAGUGAAUGUAGAAAAUUUAAUGAAUGAAAAUAAAACGCUAUUGGAAAUGGUUAAAGAUCUUGAUGAUAAAUAUAAACGUGCAUUAGCUGAAGCAGAAAAUACUCGUUUAAGAUCGAAAAAACAAUUGGAAGAUGCCAAAAUAUAUGCCAUUCAAGCAUUCUGUAAAGAUUUACUUGAAGUUUCCGAUAUAUUCAAAGCGGCCAUUGAUUCGAUACCGGAUGAUUCAUUGAAAUCAAAUAGUGAUUUAAAAAAUCUUUAUGAUGGUGUCAAAAUGACCGAACAAAAAUUGAUGAACGUAUUCCAACGACAUGGUCUUUGUCCUAUAAAUCCAUUGGGAACAAAAUUCGAUCCAAACGAACAUCAUGCAUUGUUUCAAGUGGACGAUCCAAAUAAAGAACCGGGUUCAGUUUCUGUAGUGACAAAAAUUGGUUUCAAACUUCACGAUCGAACCAUACGUCCGGCAAUGGUUGGUGUGGUCAAAAGCCAAUGAUUGAAAUGUGUAUCUUUGUUUGUUUCGCAAAAAAAAAUCAUUGAAUGGUUCAAGUUGUUUUUUUUGAAAAAA